CUUCAGACUGGGUAAUGUUAAUUUACUGCCUUCUGUCUGUCCGUGAUCGGUGACUCUGUGCUCUACCUGCGUCCCAAACGGGGUCAAAAUGAUGCACCCCUCGAUAAUUCUGUUCUCUGCUUGUGUAUUUACAAUGAAUGGCUGCCAAUAACGACAGAUCGACAGAGAGAAAGAGAAGAGUCUUCUCCGUUUGAACACUUUCCUGCAGAUUGCAAGCGAGGGACCCUGUAGUUCUGGGCAUUGCGAUAUGGCUCAGAUGCUGCAAAUGGCGAUUCCCAACUUUGGCAACAAUGUUUUGGAGCGUCUCAAUGAGCAGCGUCUUCAGGGUCUGUACUGUGACGUGUCAGUGGUGGUGAAGGGGCACACAUUUAAGGCCCACCGGGCAGUGCUGGCUGCCAGCAGCUCCUACUUUCGAGAUUUGUUCAACUCUGGAAUCAAGGGUUCUGUCGUGGAGUUGCCACCAGCGGUCCAACCUCAGAGCUUCCAGCAGAUCCUUUCCUUCUGCUACACUGGCCGACUUAGUAUGAACUUGGGAGAUCAGUUUCUCCUAAUGUACACGGCAGGAUUCCUACAGAUCCAGCAGAUUAUGGAAAAAGGCACCGAGUUCUUCCUAAAGGUCAGCUCACCAAGCUGUGACUCGCAGGGUUUUCACACGGAAGAAACACCUCCUUCGGAACCCCAGAGCCCUGUUACUCAAACCGGGUGUGUGGUUGCCACGGCGGCAGCUCGACCUGCCUCCUGCCUCACACCUCUUUCGCUGGUGUCAAGGAUGAAGACCGAGCAGCAACCUCAGGUCCAGCAGCCCCAACAAGAUGCAUCGUCAUAUUCGGUGGUUUGCACUCCAGUCGCAAAGCGCCUCUGGGAAGGGGGGAGCCGUGAAGGAGGUGGAGGAUCAGGUGGAGGGGGAGGAAUGAGGAAAGCAGCCCGCUAUUCACAGGAGGCGGCACGGGGAGUGGGAGGGGCACCGCCUCAAAGUGCAACUCAAUUGGCUGGAAGCGUUACCACUAACAGCAAUAAUAACAACAACAACAGCAGCUGCACUCCAGAGGGCACCAGCCCAGGCACCCCAAGCGUCUACACCAGUGACUCGCCAAUCUCUUACCACGAUGAUGAUGAAGAGGAGGAGAUUGCAGAUGAAAUGGCAGAAGAGCAGUACAGACAGAUAUGUAACAUGUACACCAUGUACAGCAUGCUGAAUGUAGGGGCAACAGCCAAUGAACGAGUUGAAUCCCUACCAGACCACCUCACUGUUGAAUCAAGAGGAAGGGGAGUUCGAGUGCGGCAAGAACUGGCCUCUCUUCCCACUGAGCUCAUUGCGCAGAUCGGAAACCGCUGCCAUCCUAAACUCUACGAAGAAGGUGACCCUGCUGAGAAACUGGAGCUAGUAACGGGCACCAGCGUCUUCAUGUCACGCACUCAGCUGAUGAACUGCCACGUUAGUGCGGGCACACGCCACAAAGUACUGCUCAGGCGGCUCCUCGCUGCCUUUUUUGACCGAAGCACUCUGGCAAACAGCUGUGGGACCGGCAUUCGGUCCUCCACAAACGACCCCAACCGCAAACCACUGGACAGUCGAGUUCUUCACGCUGUUAAGUUUUACUGCCAAAACUUUGCUCCUAGUUUCAAAGAGAGCGAAAUGAAUGCAAUCGCUGCAGACAUGUGCACUAACGCACGACGCGUGGUACGCAAGAGCUGGAUCCCCAAAUUGAAACUGCUGAUUGCAGAAAGCGAUUCCUAUGCCAACUUCCUUCCGGACGCCGCCAAAAUGGAGUCUGACGGCUUGGAGGCGGAGCCUUCCUUUGAAACAGGAUCUCUGGAGGGUGGUACGGCCUCUGAAUCUGGCCAGUCGUCGACGGAUGCCCUGCAAGGGGCGAGCGGGGGAUGGUAGCAGUUUGUUUUAGUGAGUAACACUACCAUGGUGACGCCACCAGCUAUCCUUUACCCUCCAAUCCUCCCAUCUUUUCCCGUGAUUCAUGGUGACACCGUGGCCGUUGAUGUCCUCUUGUAAAAGGGAGGAGAGUGGAGAAGAAAUGGUGUGUGGUUGUUGAAUCCCACUUCAGGAGAUUUCUGAGAGUCUUUGCUUGUUGUCUUCAGAGUGGCCCUUCCUCUCCAUACAGCAGAAACACAUUCCCAAAGAGGAGGGCCCCUUUGGGAACAUUGGGCCGAAUGGGAAAUGGGGGUCUAAUUUUGAAUGUAUCUUCUUGGAGAAUCCAGAAAGUUAAUGUUGCUGGACAUAAGAUUGUAUUCAUCUGUUGAUGUAUAUCUGGUCUCUGGACCCCCAUUUCCUCUCUUUACCCAAUUUCCCAAGAACAGAAGAAAGACAUUUUGUUUUCUUUUAUCUUUUAAAUGUUUUUUAUUUGAAUUGCAUUUGUAAUUGCUUGUAGUUUUAAUGUUUUUUUUUGCAAAGUAUGCACCUUUUUUGGCUUGCCAAGUAUCCCAAUAGAGGCGUUUUGUUAAGGAUGAUUGUUAUAUUUGAAACUACUAUUGGGUUUUGACACAGAGGGGUCUCUGCUAGAUUCUCACCCUUUGAAUUAAUGAACUGAGAAAAUGUUCACUUGAAAAAUUGAAGGAGAAAAAUAUAUAUAUACACUUUUGCAUUAGCAAAGUCCAAGAAUCAUUUUAGAUAUUUUAUUUUGGUAUAUUACCAAGGUUUAAUGCCAUUUGAGGUUGAUUAAUCCCAAGAAGCUCCCAAACAUGAUAUCAAAUGUCUAAACCACUAGCUUAAAUAUCAUCAGUCAUCAUUUAAUCAACUUCAUGUAGUCCCAAACCUGUACGACUUCUCUUUCGUCUGCGGAAACACAAUAGGAGACGUUCGGCAGAAUGUUAACCUCAGUCACGUUGAUUACAUCUUUUUCCAUACAAUGAAAGUGAAUGGUGACUGAGGAUAACAUUCUGUCUAACAUCUUCUUUUGUGUUCCAUGUGUUCCAUGUUCCAAGUUAACAGGUUUAGAACAACACAGGGGUAAAUGAUGACAUUUUUUGGGUGAACUAUCCCUUUAAGGCAUUUCUAGUUUCUUAUUAUGUGCUUAUAGUAGAUCAGGACUGGCACCUGUGUGUAUGUCGUGGCUGCACGGUAUUUUACAGCUGACUGCUUCAUGCACCCAUGGCACGUUUGGGGUGCAUGCUGCUGCGUGGCGCAUUUUGGCAUCUAAACGCUCUGAUGAAGUGUGUGGAGUGCAGUAUUAGAAACUGGCACUGAACGGGCAUCAGCGCCGCGGCUACAGUGGUUCUAAACCACCAAAGACCGCUCUGAGAGUGGAUGCUGUUUUGUAUGUUUUUGAAAAGUUUUUUUAAGCGUUUGUCUUGAUGGUUUUGUGUGUCGGGAUUCAGAAGAAGUUCUUGAAGCACCAUAAAGGAGCAGUUGUGAGUUGUGAUCAACUUAUAUGUUUUUUGAAUAGAUUAUACCGAUAGCAGGGUGGCCAAUUGGCUGAUAUAACGCCAAUUUAUAAUACCACUGAUGAAAU